CCAACCAACACCGCGUUGUCUCCUACGUACGGGGCCCUCGAACAAAUUGCACUCCCCAUUAUUCUCCAUCUAAUUUUCUUCUUCACUGAGAAUUUGCUGGAGAAUAUGUCUCGAUUAUCACAUGUUUUCUUGGGUUUCUUGCUAAUUUCAUUUCGAUUAUUCUUGAAAGAUCAUAUUCUCAUCAUUAUCGAGAACUGAGGCUGCUUCGAAUUCUCCCACGGUUUAUUUGGUCUGGAAUAUGUGUGAUGUGAUGUGCUUUCAAACUUCCAUUACUUGAAAAGCUUCUUUGUUAUUUAGCCUUGCAUAGGGUAAAAGGUUUCUGGUCCAUAUAUAUAUAGCCAAGUACUUCGUGCCCAAAUGGCGACCAAGGUGAAGGGUCUUUUGAAAGGCCUAAGAUACAUAUCACAGAUAUUUGAUGAGCAGAAAGAACCAGACAUGCAAAUUGGCUAUCCCACAGAUGUAAAGCAUGUUGCGCACAUUGGAUGGGACGGCCCUUCUGCGAAUAAUAAUACGCCGAGCUGGAUGAGCGAGUUUGAAUCUACCCCAGAAGUCUCAUCCAGGUCGUUGGACACUUUUGGAGAAGCUAAAUUGACAUCUGAAGAUACGAAACGAACUGGCGCUGGAAUUCAAGAAUCCCUGCUCCGACAAAUUAAAUCAACCGGAAAUGCCUCGCCUGCCAACUCCCCCCGAUGGAGCCUUGAUGCACCAAAGCAAUCCAGGCGGCAGCGCUCGACGGAUGCUGUGUCGUCGGAUUCCCCGAGCCAAGAUUCACCGGGAAGUACCCGACACGCGAGACGUAACCGGAAGUUGAAUCUUGGGAAUGACUCGCCAUCACAGGACCUGCCUGCUGUCCCUAAACACUCUCGCCGGAGGAAGUCAAAGGGGUCAUCCGGUAGCGGUUCAUCAAAGUCGCAAAGGUCAAAAGACCAUACUUCUCCACCCGACAUCCCUUUCUCGGAUAUGGGAUCCGGGUCCUUAUCUGGGCAAGAGUUAUGAACAACAACAUUAACGAGAAUCGCGUAAAAAUUCAGUUUUGGAAGAGCAGAAGAAAGAGAGGGAGGAGGGUGUGAUGAAUAUUCAAGAUCAGGAAACGUGUGAUUUUUAAGUUAGAGGUUUUAACCUGAUCCUCUAAUUAAUAUUAGUAGUUGUAACUUUGAAAGAUUAUCUAAUUAUUUUUCGUGAUCGAUAUCCUGUGU